AUGAAGCAAUUGAGGUACCUUAAUUUAUCCAACUCUUUUGGUUUUGCAACUUUUGCUAGCGAAUGGGGAAAUCUUACUCAGUUGGAAGUCCUCGAUCUCAAUAGUUAUUAUUACAUGGGUGAUGUUGAUGACAUUCAGUGGGUUUCCCAUCUUCAAGCAUUAAAGUACCUUGACAUGAGCGGCCUGAAUAUUACUAAAUAUGGAGACCCCAUGCGGGUGAUCAGGAAUAUUCCAGAGGCAUUAGGAGGAUUGCAAGGCUUACAGUCUUUAGAUCUUAGUAACAAUCUUCUAAAUGGCAGCAUUCCACAUAGUCUCGGGCAACUUCAAAAUCUUGAUAGCUUAGAUCUUUCAAGAAAUUCCUUGAGAGGAAUAGUUUCCGAAAUCCACUUUGCCAACCUCUCGAAGCUAGAGCACUUAGAUAUCAGCAACAACUAUUUAGCUUUCGAGGUGGAUUCCAAUUGGAUACCACCUUUCAAUUUGUCUUACAUUGGGAUGAUGUCUUGCGAUUUCAAAAAGGAAUUUCCGCAAUGGAUAAAAACGCAAGUCAAUGUAGAAGAGAUAGUGUUGUCCAACUCAUCCAUCAUAGGAGCUCUCCCUGAUUGGCUAGGUCUCAUGUCAAUCAACUACUUGCAUCUCUCUUACAACCAAAUAAAUGGAUUUCUACCAAAAUUUCCUUCUUAUCUGCAAAUGUUAGAUCUCUCUCACAACUUAAUCGCAGAACCUAUUCCGCAAGAUAUUGGCCUAGCGGUGCCUCAUAUGACUUCCUUGAAAUUGAACGAUAACCUCUUAAGCGGUCCAAUACCAACCUCAUUAUGCAAGAUGGAACUUUUGUACGAGUUGCACCUUGCAAGGAAUGAAUUAGUUGGCAAAAUCCCUGAUUGUUGGAAGGUGCAUCCUAUGAGUUUCCUUGAUCUAUCGUCCAACAAGUUGUCUGGAGUCAUACCGAGUUCUUUGGGAAAUCUAACUAGGCUUGGGUCAAUAUACUUGAGCAACAACAGUCUCCAAGGAGAAAUUCCUGUGACUAUGAACUAUUGCAGGAACUUGCUAGUUUUGGAUCUUGGUGAGAAUAAAAUCUCUGGAAGUGUUCCACACUGGUUUGGACCAAGCUUUCAAUUUCUACAGAUUCUAAGAUUGCGAGAAAACAUGUUCAAUGGCAGUAUUCCUUCACAACUAUGUUCACUCCCUGCAUUGCGAAUGUUGGACUUAGCAGUGAAUAAUCUAACGAGAACGAUUCCAAAUUGUCUUGGCUAUAUGAUAGGUAUGAAACUGCCCAAAAACGUAGAUCAAGGCAAUGCACUUUCCCCUACUUAUGAGGCUGAACCUUCCGUGAAUGACUCGAUGCCUGCUGGCCUUGGUCGAAAUUUUUGGAAGAGACUGCAUGUGGAGCAGGUCAUGAAGGGGAUAGACCUUGACUACACAACACUCGCUCUACGACUUAUGGUCAAUUUGGAUCUCUCAAGCAACAAAUUGAUUGGGCGAAUCCCUGAAGAGCUUACCUUGCUCUCCAAAUUACGAGGCUUGAACUUAUCCCACAACUUUCUUUUUGGGGGCAUCCCAACUAUGAUUGGGCAAAUGAAAUGGCUCGAGUCACUUGAUCUUUCGAAUAAUCACCUUUCAGGAACAAUCCCACAAAGCUUUUCUGCGUUUAAAUCACUAAGCAAACUAAACUUGUCUCACAACAACUUCACAGGGCCAAUUCCCAAAGGAAAUCAAAUCCAGACCCUUGAUGAUCCUUCCAUUUAUGCCGACAAUCCUCUACUUUGUGGUGAUCCUCUACAAAGAAAUGCCCGGUCUUUGAGGCCCCUCGAGUGUCAAAAGAAGAUCCCGAAGAAGAAGGCUGUUGCAACUACCGCUGCCACCGCUGCCAUUGUAGCCGCACCUGCCGUUGCUCCAGCCGCCGUGAAUGUUGAAGGUCCACUGGAGAUAGUGGUCACUGCAAGACUAAUCCAUAAGCUGGUGGAGCAUUUCCUAAGGUUAAAUCCGCCGUUGUUCCUCGGGUCUGGAGAUCCCGGAGCUAUUUCUUCAUGGGUUCAGAAGCUUGAGAAGGCGUUUGCACUGCUGAUGUGCAACAUGCUAAGAAGAGAAGUGAAGAUGGCAGAAUUUCAACAUCUUCGCCAGGGUUCCCUAUCUGUUGAUGAGUAUGAGGCGAAGUUCGCUGAACUUUUGCUAUAUGCCUCCGAGUUAAUUAAGAAUCCUGUGAACCGAGCAAGGAGGUUUAGAGAUGGAUUUAGACAAGAUUUGAGAAGCGCCCUAGUCCUUUUAGAUCUGAAGACUUAUAACGACAUAUAUCGAAGAGCUCAGAAGAUCGAGAAAGAUCAUAAUGAUAAAGAUGCCUCAUAUGGAUCGAGGUUUAACGCUCAUAGAGACAACAUCUGCCAAUAA